AUGGAGUACCGGUCGUAUUUUGUGUACUUUUUCGGGUCCUGCGUCAUUUCGCAGAUCCGGUGUCUUUUGUGCGCACGGUUUCACCAACCAAAAUUCCACUGUCGCAUUCUCAUAGGCAUUCCGUGCUGUUUUGAUCCUUACCCGGCUUCACUCCGAAAAAAGCUAUGGACCAAUGCCGGUUUUAUAACGAGCUAUUUGAUACUGUCCUACUGCGUAUUCGGUCAACUGGUCAACGUGGUCCUGCUGCUAAUCGGCCAUCGCAAAACGAACGGUGCAAUCGAAGAAAUAGCUACUCAGGCUGCCUGCACCGGAUACUGCAUCAUCGGACUUAUCAAAAUGUACGGACUGGCGUACCAUCGAAAUCAACUGGCCUCGACUAUCAAUGAUUGUGGUGAUAUGUGGAGGGAUCAGUUCAACAGUUUAACCGAUCGACUGAACGGCGGGAAAUUCUUUCGUCCGACUGUAACCAUUAUGACGUUGGCGGCCAUCAAUUGUAUUGUUAUGGUGUCAGCCUUCAAUUUCAUACCGGUGGCGGAAAUGAUCUUCAAUCGCUGGCAAACCGGUGAAUGGCACCGUCAGCUACCGUACGUGAUAUGGUACCCGUUUGAUAAAUUCGGCGGAUGGUGGUAUUAUCUGGUUUACGUGUUCGAGAUUUAUGGAGGCUACGUGGUGGCUGGCAGUAAUGUGGGAAUUGAUUGCAUAUUUUGUCUGCUUUGUGCCCACCUGAGCAUGCAACUGAAACUGCUGGAGACCGCACUGGAAGAAUUGGUUGAACCCCAAAAAGACGCCCUGGUGAUGAGUUCGAAAAAUAUCGACGAGAAACUUCAAAAGUUAAUUCGUCGUCAUCAAAAUGUGCUAAGCUACCAGAACACAAUAAAUGCUGUGUUUGGCCUUACCUUCUUUCUUAAUCUAGUGGCAGAUUCCGUUAUCAUGUGCGCCGUUGGAUUUCUAAUUAUAACAGCUAACUACUACGUUGUUAUUAAAAUGACCCUUUUCAUGGGUGUCUGCCUUGUGGAGAUAUUUUUUGUUUGCUACUAUGGAAACGAAGUCAUGGAACACAGUUUACAAUUGGCUACAGCGGCCUACAAUUGCAAAUGGUAUCAACAGAUAUACGGAAAUACCAAGUUUGGUAAGAAAUUAAUUCUUGUCAUUCUACGGGCCCAACACCCAAUAAUACUGAUGGCAUGGAAGUUUUGGCCAAUAACCAUAAAUACAUUUGGAAUGGUCUUAAAUGCUUCUUGGUCCUACUUCACACUGUUGAGAACAAUAAUCGUUUGAAUCUGAAAAUACAUACAAUCCUUUCC